UUUCAUCAUUUGAUAAUUUUUAUUAUGUUUCAGGAAGCCAGGAUGUCGAUUUACGUUGAUGAAACUGACCCUGGAGAAGAUCCUGAACCAGAUUUUGAACCGAGAAAUAUUGUAGUAAAGAAAGGAAAAGAUGUGAAAUCAGAAUACGCUCUUAAUGCAGAGCUUGGAAGGGGAAAAUUUGGCACAGUUUAUCGAUGUACAGAAAAAGCGACAGGAAAGGUUUUUGCAGCAAAGUUCAUCACGACACCAAAACCUCAGGAUCGCAAAGAUGUGGAAAGAGAAGUGGAAAUAAUGACGGUACUGCAGCAUCCACGUUUACUUCAGUUAUAUGACGCUUUUGACGACGGGAAGAAAACAAUGUGCCUUAUACUAGAAAUUAUAGAAGGAGGGGAGUUAUUCGAGAGAGUCAUUGACGAAGACUUCGUACUCACAGAAAAGGCAGUCACAAUUUUUAUGAGACAAAUCUGUGAAGGCGUGGAAUAUAUGCAUUCAAAAAACAUUCUACAUCUCGAUAUGAAGCCAGAAAAUGUUCUGUGCAUCAGUCGCACUGGCAACCGGAUCAAACUCAUCGAUUUCGGCCUCGCCAGGAAGUAUGAUCCGAAGAAAAAGUUGAAAGUUCUCUUUGGCACGCCAGAGUUCGUGGCUCCAGAAGUUGUUUGCUUCGAAACUAUCAGCUAUACUACUGAUAUGUGGAGCGUUGGAGUAAUCUGCUAUGUUUUGCUAUCUGGAUUAUCACCUUUUAUGGGCGACAGUGAUAUGGAAACCAUGGCGAAUGUUACUCGAGCAGAAUGGGAUUUCGAGGAUGAAAGUUUUGAUGAUAUAUCCGAAGACGCCAAAGACUUCAUUUCCAAACUCCUAAUAAAAGACAGACUGAAACGUCUGAACGCUACACAAGCAUUACAACAUUCAUGGCUCAGGAGGGAUAAAAAGAAACAAGAAACUACUAUUGACAAGAAGAAACUGAAGAAAUUCGUCAUUCGUAGGCGUUGGCAGAAAGCAGUCAAUGCUCUUAUUGCUUUGAUAAGAAUGGGAGCUACGAUAUAGUGGAGCGAGUUUUGUAGAAAGGUCCCGCCCCUUUGGAAAAUCGGAGAAUGACUGCCAUGUAUACCAUUGCCACUCAUUCCCUUCCUUUGGUUUCCUGUUUGCAACUGUCUCGCACUGAGGGUAUUCAUUGCAUCAAAAUGACACCGUCCGAAACCUCACUGCGAAACUAGAAAAUUAUUUUAUCAGAAAAAUAAAUAAAUAUCCAGAUUCGCGGCUGUUAUAAAAGCUCGGCCUACGCAUGGAUGGACCAUCUUAUUCUUAAUACAAGAUGACUGUAUCAAAAAUCUUUGUAGAAGUUAUCUACAGACCGAAGGAUUAUGAAGAGUUCCCCGAGGAAAAUUAUUGAAACAAAGUUUAUGAUCAGCUACACUUUGACAUUCUUUUAUUUUUAAUCAGAAAGAUGGUGCUCACUGUGUUUUAAGAGGAUAGAGAAUUCAGGAAAGAUUUUAUAGACAAUAAACUUUCAUUACUUUUAGACCGGAAAUUCUGAUGUACUUCGAGAGAAAACAUUUCCUACACUACCAAAUACAUUUCUUAAAUUAUUCACUCCCACUCGGGGAUUUUGAUGCUUUUAAUGCAUAAACCGCUUUCUCUCCUGAAAACGCUUCCAGAGCUAUAACUACAAAGUUUCAAUGUUUACUACAUUUUUCGUGUAUGUAACUACUGGAGAUCCACACAUUUAUUUACUUAAAGAAUGUAUUAAAUGUUUCCUUUUCUGCCCAUUCCAUCGACAAUGACUUCGGAAAGUUUAUAUGCGUAAAAAGAAUUACAGCCUUCACAUUUUUUGUUCUUUCCUUUUAAAUUGCCAUCUUUCCUAUUUUGAAUCUCGCUAUCUGAUUCAAAUUAGAAUUGUCUAAUGUCUAUAUAUAUAACAAUGCUUUUCAUUUCUGUUCAACUACUGUAUUUAAAAUGUUUAAGUUUUUAAUUACUGAUUUUAAAAAUAAAGAAAACUAUCACCGCU